UCAGCUCGGUGCACAUAUGCAGAGAGGAAGCGCUGAGCUGCUGGGUCCUCUCAGUUCACCUAACACAGCCUCGGAGGCCGCAGCCUUCCACCAGGGCCAGGUGCCGCGUACUCUUCACCGCGGUCGAACCGCCGGCGACAGGCGCCGAGCCCUGAAGGACCAAAGAGUCCGGCCCCCAGAGUCCAGGCUGGUCUCAGAAACCGUCCGGUGAGCAGCGACUCAGCAGCUCCAUGUUCGACCUGUCUAGCCCUCACAUGCAGCCCUUCGACUUGUUCUCCAGCCGACUCAGCAGCACCUCUUCCACGAUUGGCUCAAUUGAAAGCAGCCUAGACUCCAUCACGCUGUCGGGAGAUGAGCGUGAAUUGGGGAAAGUGUGCGUCCGGCUGAGCUACCAGGAGGCUCUGGAGCAGGUGUGGAUCACUCUGGUUCAGAGUUCAGACCUCUACACUUUUCCAGAUGGAGGGGAACAACCAAAGAUUGGAUUUAAAGGCAUCAUCACCAUCCCCAAACCAAUACAGUUCAAGAGCUCCAUCAAGGAGUAUCAACAGGAUGUUUCCUUCAUGGAGACCUUUGUGUUUGCGCUGCGUCUCCAGCAGUUGCGCUGCAGUGCUUUAGUUUUGCGGCUGCAGACACACAACCCAAAGAAACGUACGGUGGCCGAGUGUGUCCUCUCCCUGAGGCAGCUCGACUCCCAGGAGACCGAGCACUGGCUGGAGCUCAACCUCAAGUCCAAAUCCUCUGUGUGCCACUCUGAGCUGCAAUCUCACCACCUGCUUUCAGCCGUCAACGGACGCCAUCCCCAACUCCAGAUGUCUCGCCGCGCAAAAAUUCUCCAGCAAUCCUCCUCUCCUCUUACCAAGUGUUCUUCGUCAAAAGUGGAGAUGCACCAGUUGGGUCGGUGGUAUAAAGAAGAAGACUCGUGUCCUGAAGGCGUCGGGGGGGCAGUGUCAGUGGAAGAGAGGUUUCACUUCAUGUUGGCCCAGGCGUUGGACCAGCCUGCCUCUCUGACGGUCCUCAACUGUACAGCCCGGAGCUCGGUCGCUGAGAAAACGUGUCUCGGACAGGUUCAGGCUGGGUUUGACAGUCCUGUCCCCGAGGCGGUGGAGCAGUGGAAAGACACGAUGGCUAACCCAGAGAAAGUGGUGUCUGCAUGGCACACACUGAGCGCUGCCUAAACAUCUCCUACAUCAUCUCCUACAUCAUCUCCUACAUCAUCUCCUCAACAUCUCCUAACAUCUCCUAACAUCUCCUAACAUCUCCUAACAUCUCCUAACA